AUGGAAAAUACUGGCAUUUCAAUUAAAGACUGCCGAGAUCAAUCCUACGAUAAUGCUGCCAACAUGAGUGGCCGUCUUAAUGGCAUGCAAGCAAAAAUAAAAGAACAUAAUAAUUUAGCUGAAUACACACCAUGUUGUGCUCAUUCGCUUAACCUUGUUGGUCAAUGUGCUGUAGGAUGUUGUUCUGAGGCUGUAACGUUUUUUGACUGUGUAAAUAAGCUGUUUGUAUUUUUUUCUGCCUCCACCUCUCGUUGGAAUCGUUUGAUGGCAGUUUUAAAGCCACUUAAUAUGCCUACCUUAAAAAGGUUAUCUGAUACCAGAUGGUCAGUACAUUAUGAUGCUGUACACUCCCUCCAGGUUGGCUAUACGCAAGUGAAGUCUACACUGGAUAUCAUGUGUCAAGAUAUGUCUCAAAAGCCAGAAACACGACUUGAAGCCGCAGGAUUGAAAGAUAUAAUGAGUCAUCAUGAAACAGGUAUCCUAGUUCAAUUGUGGUCAAAAAUUCUGAAUAGGUUCAAUUUAACUAGCAAGUACUUACAAGGGGCAGACAUGGAUCUCAACACCGCUACGGAAUUGCUUCGUUCUUUGGGUGAUUUUGUUCAUUCUCUUCGGAGCCAGUUCACAGCAUUUGAAAAGGAAGGAAAGGAUCUGGGUACCGAUUCGUACAAAGGUGAAUCAAGGCGAAAGCGCAAGAGGAACCAGAGAUGGGAUUAUGAUGACUCAGAAGAUCUAGAGUUAUCCCCUUCUGAUAAGUUUAAAGUUCAGUGUUUUUUGCCUAUAGUUGAUCAAUUGUUAGUUGCUCUUAAACAGAGGGCUAAUGCAUAUGAUACAGUUAGCAAAAGGUUUGGUUUUCUUCAAAAUCUACAAUCUUUGUCCAAUGAUGGUAUAAGAGAUCAUGUUUCAUUUGUAUGUGAAACAUAUUUUAAAGAUGUUGAUCCUAACUGUCAUGGUGAAUUUGUUCACUUCACUUCUCUGUUUGCCAAAUUGUCACCGCCCAAUGAAACUGAUUGUGUUGAACUGCAAAUGUACACCUUUCUAGUUAAGAAUAGUUUGACCGAUACCUUUGUGAAUGUCUACACUGUGUUGAGAAUUUAUUUGUCUCUUAUGGUCACAAACUGUACUGGAGUUAAGAAUGAACUUAGAUCAACAAUGGGACAACCUCGCUUAAAUGAUUUGGCUUUAUUAUGCAUUGAAAGUGACAUAGUUAGAUCAAGAGAUUUCACAGUAGUGAUCAAGAAGUUUGCUUCAAAAAAGGCCAGAAAAGUCAAUAUAUAA